CUGGCCAGAAAGAUGUACCUCAGCCACUGGAUGCCAGGGGCUCAUGCUCUGUCUUCUUUACCCACCCACUUGUUGCAGGAAGCAAGGUGAGCAAGCCCAAGCUCAAGAAGCUGAAAGACGGGGUCCUUCCCCUCAGAGACACUAUCAGCCUCUGAGGAUUGUUCUACUAGGAAGGAGUCAGGCUGGAAAGAGUUCAGCAGGCAACAUAAUCCUUGGAGAAAAGGUGUUUGAGACUGAAGACCGGACAGAAAAAUGUGUAAUCAAAAACAAUGAAGUACACAGGAGAUCCGUCACUGUAGUGGUACACCAGGCUGGCUGUCUUUUGUUUAUGGCUCAGCAUUUUUUAAGUCAGACAUAACAUGUAGUGUAUCUAUGUGUGCCCCAGGGCCUCAUGCUUUCCUGAUAGUGAUUCCUGUGGUUCCAUUCCCAGAGUCAUUCAGGCAAGCGGUAGAGGAACACCUUCAGCUUCUCGGUGAGAGAGUCUGGAGACACACAAUAGUGCUGUUCACAUGGGGGGACAAACUUAAAGGCAAAACCAUUGAGGAACACAUUAGGGAUACAGGGGAGACACUCCAGUGGCUAGUUGAGAAAUGUGGGGAAAGGUAUCAUGUUCUCAAUAAGAACUUGGAACAACAGACUCAGGUUAUUAUGCUCUUGGACAAAAUAGAUGAGAUGGUCGCAGAAAACAAAGGAGAAGCCUUUAUCAGUGAAGAGAUUCUUCAGGAGAUUGAAAGAAGACUGAAACAACAGGAGGAGGAGCUGAAACAGAAAUAUGAAGAAAGAGCAAGAGAGGUAGAAGAGAAGCUGAAACAGGAGUAUGAAGAGAGAGAGAGAAGAAUGAGAGAGGAAAUGGAACAGAGACUUGAGGAGGAGUGGAGGAGAAGAGAAAAGAAACUGAAAGAGAAAUGGAAAUAAUGGAAGACAUUGAAUGGAGUAAGAAAAAAGGACUGACUUCAUGGCAUUGAGAAGUGUCCUUACAAUAAGUUUGAAAAUUUUGCAUUAAUGAAUCACUGUCUCUUUUCCUGGUGUUAUGAUGAUGUCUUGCGUGUGUUGUGGUAGUAGCUGUGGGCCAUGCCUCCUCACUCCUGCCUUCCCUGCACCACUUGCUGAGGAAACAAUAUAAUCAUGUCAUCUGAAUGCAAUGAGAAAUCAGUCUGCGACGGGUGCUGUGCAUGAUUUAAGUUGGCAACCUGGCAUUACAUUUCACUCCCUGUCCUACUCUGCACCUUUGGAUUGUCAGCCAGUGGUUUCUCAGCGGAGUUCCCAUUGUCUACUUCCUCUUUGGAUACAUCAUGUUUCCCCUUGGUGUGUGUGCUAGCGGCGAGAAUUGCUGCUGCACAAACUCACAGCUCUCAUGAGGUGCUAUGGCUGUCUGGGGGCCUGGCAGCUCAACCCUGCACCUAGAACAGCUGUCAAGUCUGGUUGUCCUCCCAGUCCUGCACUCCAGCCCUGUGUCCUGAUCUCCAGUUAUUUACCCUGCACUCAACCACUGCAUUUCACACUAGACUAGUCUGCCAGCUUUCCUGGUUCUCCACUACUUGUUCUUGUCACUGUGAAGCAAAGUCCCCUCUGGACCAUGCUGUCACUAUCCCUAAACUGUGACAUAUUUGAACUUCAGUCCAGAACAGCUCCUGGCCUGUCCUUGCCAUCCUGGUGGGUGUGCAUAGCCAAAAUAAUUUUUAUUUUAGUACGUUUGACAUAUUGGUGUAUUUUAAUAUAAUAUUAAUCAAAGUGGUGUAAAAAUAAUUGUGUGAUUAUGCACCUCAAGAAAGAAGCAUAACAGUCUACUCUGAAUCCAGCUGAACAAGAGGUUUAGACAAGAAGAGUUAAAAAAAGAUUCUGGUGAAAACACAGAAUCCAUGCAAAAAUGUCUGAGUGGAAAACAGAUGGGGGGCACUGCGUUAUGGUUAGAGUUCAACUAAAUUAAUAAGUAUCAAAUAUAUUAAUACAUCAGUUAAUGAUUUGAUCAUUUACAUCAUUAUGCAAAAUGUGCUAUGUUUUGUGUCAGUAUCUUAUUGAUACUGGGUCACUUCAAAUUUAUUUUUUUCCAUCUGUGGUUUUCUAUUUUGUAAGGGUUUUUUUUUUGUUCCACAUAAUUCAAUGAAGGAGUAUCUUACGUGGCAGAAAGGAGCCUUGAUUUUGGUAUUGUGAGAGAAGAACAACACCAUCACCCUCAUCUAAGUGCAAGAGAACCUUGAUCUGAUUAGUCUCGGAUACCAGAUUCUGGAUUAGUUACCUGAACCUUGUUUAAGAGAGCUUGCUGUUAAAUUAUUUUGGGAAAUUCUGAUUUAUUUUAUUGUGGAAUCCUCAUUCUAAAAACCUUUUCUCGUACUGUGUGAUACAUCUUUAGAAUAGUGAGAAAGUAAUAUGUUAAAGGAAUGGAGAUUUAGGGAUGGGUCAUAUUAUUUUAUUUGGGAUGCACAAUAUUUCACUUAUUGACCAGUCAAAACGUAAACAAGACUUCAUAGGCAGAUAUUUUUAGAAGCAGUGAGGAAAGAAAGUGGUAAGUGGUAAAUACUUUUCAGCUAGAAGAUUCAAAAUGAAAAAUCUGAUUCUGAUUAUUCUGAUCACUGUGUUGCAUCCAUGUAAUUUCUUUGUUAUAAAUAUUUACCUAUUCUUUGUUACAUUAUUAGUAUUUUAAUUUUUGCAUUUUUGCUGUAAAGUGGAUUGUGUAUAGCAUUGUUUUAUCAGGACUUCCUAAUCUUGUUUCUG